UGUCCCAGUAUAAGUGUGUGUAUGCGUGUGUGUAUUUGUGUGGGUGCGCAUCUAUGCUUGUGUGUAUCUAUGUGUGUGCACGUUUUGUGUAUCCGUUCAGUGUUCAGUUUUGAGUUGCUCCAAAUUAUGUGGAACAACAAAAAAUUUGCUGCAUAUAUGUAAUUGAAUUAAGGAAAGGGCUGAGCAAGCAGCAGGGCAUUCCCUUUUUUCUAUAAGGAACCGUGCGAGAGAGCGAACAAAGAAUGACACGAAUUGCGUAAAGUAUGUGGCAUGCCUCGCACAAAUACCAUUAAGUGCUUAAGUAAAUUAUAUAAAUACAUUUAACGCAUCAGUGCGCACUGACAACAAUGGCAAAAACCUCAGUUGUCAGUUGAACAAUUAAUUACUCUGAGGACUGCCCCCAUAAGCCCCAACGCUCUGCCACAUCCAGGAUCGGGACACUAUGAACUUCAGCGGCGGUUGGCAAUGAUAGUAUGACGCGUGACGGCGAAAUUCCAGCCAUCUUCAAUCCGAAACGCGUGCGCACUCCCUCCGUGGUGGUCACCGGCGACUCCUCGUCGAAUGGACCGUACAAUAACAAUAAUAGCGGCGGCGUGGGAGGCGGUGCCAGCAGCAGCGGCAUUGGCGCGGUCUCCAGCUGUGGCUUCAGUAAUGUGCUCAACUCCAGCAACCCGCAAAUAACCCACCAAGAUUCAAUAUCAUCGAGCCAACAAGAUCCGAAUGAGGUCAUUACCAUACAGGCGGACACACCCACUAACCCGCACGGGUCACAGCAUAAUUUUGGAGGCGACUCCAACGACACACAGACUGGACAACUGGCAAUAGAUCAGCAGGCCAAUGGGCAGCCGGGCGAGGAUGCGGAGGUGCGUUUUCGCAAGCUCAAGGCCUGCAGAGAAUCCUGCUGCUCCGAACUGGCCAAGAAGAUGUACUUUGGGGUGUGCGUCACGAUUCUAGUGACUGCUUCGUGGGUGGGCGCCACGCACUGCAUCAAGUACAUGUAUUUGUAUCGCGCUCCAUAUGACGAUGAACUGGACGACGAUCUAGAUACCUCAUCGAGUCGCACUGAACUCAGCACCGAACUGGAGGAUAUACUGGCCAUAAGCGACUCAUCGCUGCACCAUGUCGAGGACGCCACCGAGAUGUUCAACAUACCACCGCGCCAGCCCGUCUACUUUAAUGCGCCGUUCUUUGCGGCCUGGUUCUUUACCAAUUUCUCCCUGCUCUUCUUCCCCAUCUAUAUACUAGGGCUCAUCUCGGCUCGCAAGUGCGACAAACUGAGCGAGAUACUCGCCGAUGUGAUACGAGGAUUUCGCGAGCGAGGCUUCACCAUUGGCCGUUUCCUCAAUCGCUGUCUAUCCUUUUGCAUCCUGUGGCUGGUGACCACCUACCUGUACACCCUGUCGCUGCACGUCCUCUUUGCCACGGAUGCACUGGCGCUGUUUGCAACAAACGUUGCCUGUGUCUAUUUACUCUCUUGGGUCAUACUGCAUGAGCAGUUCGUUGGCGUUAGGAUUGUGGCUGUUAUCCUGUGCGACACGGGCAUUGCGCUGCUCGCCUACAUGGACGGCAUUACGGAGAGUCGAACGUUAGGCGGGGUCGUGUUGGCCACGUUAGCUGCAGCCGGCUAUGCCGUGUUUAGGGUUAUGUUCCGCAAGGUGAUGGGCGAUCCGCCGGUGGCACAAAUCGCAUUUACAUUCACCGCACUGGGGUUGCUCAAUGCUUUGCUGCUGUGGCCCGUCGUGCUGGCACUGUACCUGACAGGCGCCGAGAAUCUGACAUCAGAAAGCAUACCAUGGAACAUGCUGCUUGUAGCAAGCGUCCUGCUCCUGGUUUUCCACGUACUCAUGCAGUUCAGUGCCGCCGUUACCUACAACAUGUUUGUGACAUUGGGUUUGAUAACCGCUGUGCCCGUUUCUGGUGCACUCGACGUCAUACUGUACAGUGCCACAUUUGCGGGCAUGAAACUAGCCGGAGUUAUCCUUAUAGCCAUUGGCUUUUUCCUCGUCAUGUUCCCCGAAAACUGGCCCGACUACAUAACGCGUCUCCUGCGAAAGAGCGUUCGUGCCAUACUCCGUUACCAAUGUUGUUGUGAAUUAGCUGAAAUUCGCUAUGCUCAUUCGAAGCAUCAUAAUGCUGGGUCACAACGCGAGAUGGGGUCGCGGCCCUCGGAGCGGUACUUCAACAGGUCAGCAUCCCACCAUUAUCGAUUAUCGGACGGGAUACAUAAGGUCCCAUCUUCGUUCACCCUCUGGCCGUGUGAGAUGACUGAUCUAUCGCCAACUACAGCUGGGUUUCUGCAUGGCAGCACCAACGCACACCACCACCAGCAACUUUUACAACAACAGCACCACCGCCACCACCAACAACAGCAGCAGCAUAAUCUACAACGCCAGCACUCGCACACAUCUCUAACCAUGAUCCAUCGGCAGAGCAGCAGCCACAGCGUCCAUGGCAGCCGUCGCGGUAGCGGUGGCCUCCGUGCCCCACCUACCGGCACCGGUCGCUUAUUCUCCUACUUUGGCAAUGAGCAUGAGCACGAACAUGAUCGCAAGAAAUCGGAGACAUCGUUCUUCAAUUUGGGAUUCCGGCGCAAAUCUACCGUGGUCUACUACGCACCCACAGAAUAGCCACUGGGCCAAUAGAUAGCAGCUGUGGUGCAGUUUAGCUGUUGCAUAUCAAUAGACACCGCUCGAGCAUAUGAAAUAAGUGCAUCAUGGAGUAAGAACGCAUUUUGCGAUCUCAAUCAAGCACCUUAGACUCAUUUGGGGCGUACGUACCACUAUUAUAUCGUUAAAAGUAUGUCAUAGAAUUAUCGUUGUUGUUGUGAGAGUUUUAAUUGAAACACAUGCAGUUAGAAUUUUGCUCAAAUAUUUACAAAUUAUACGCAACAAGUACAGAUACUACAUAGCUCAUAGUCGACACGAACUAUAGAACUUUUCUUAAUAUCACAGAAACCAUGCGAAAGCCCAUGCACUCUGACACAUAAGCAGAGCCACAACCAGGUCCAGAACCAGAACCAGACCCAGAACCAGAAAGAACAAAUGAGAGCCCCUUAUAUAACUGAGCUCAAGUUUGCCCCUGAAAUUAACUAAGUACUUACUGAUAUACACAGAGAAUUAUUAUGAAGAAAAUAUGUAAUUGAAGUAGAUAAUCGAGAAGAAUUGAAUGAUAUAUCGAAGCCAAUUGUUUUAGCAAUUAUAUAGUACAUAAAAGUAUAUUAAUAAAUAUUACUAUUACAAAUUUUUAAGUAAACCCACACUGCGGCACACCUUGAUAGGGAUACCAAAUACCAAACUAACUCAUUGUUGCAAUAUUCGGGAUAUUAGUUAGUCUAAGGUAUGUUAUUCAUAGAGAUCACGUUUACUAUAGACACCUAGAAAAACAAAAAGAAAAAGGAAAAAUGACCCGUUUAGUUGUAAGCUCAUUUUAGCAACUAUCAGGCAGACGAAUGAUCUAAAUAUGAUUUAUAUUUGACUCGUGUGAUCUGUUUGAGUGUGUCUUUUAAUUUGAAAAUGGACCGAAACGGAUCUUAAGGUGUUUGUGAUUGUUUUUGUAAUGAUCGUGUGUUGUUUGUUAUUUAGCUAAUUGUUGUCUAUUGUUGUAUUGCAAAUUGAAUAAUCGAGAGCAAUCUGUUUAUUAAAUGUUAGUUGCUAGGGAUUGUAUGAUUGACUUCUGAUGCAUCCUCGCAAGCAUUCAACGACUGAGUGGCGUUCGCUCCCUUGCUCGUGGCGACAGAUAUGGAUCUCAAAAUUCGAGCAUACAAUUUCGGAGCUGCCUACUUUGUAAAUGUAUUAAAUUGUGUAGCCACAUCCAAUAAUUGUUUUGUGAUAAUUUUUAAUGAUGUUUGAUAACCAAUUUCAUAAAGCUACUCCCACCCGAAACGGAGGCAGCCUUUAAUGUAGCCGGGAACUGUAAUUAGAAAUCACAAUGUACUAAUAAAAUGAAAACACUACAACAACAAA